CAUGUCUCAUUUGACCCGUUGAGCCCUCAUCGCAAUGCGGCACCCUACCCAAUCCCCGCUGGCCCAAUCACUCCGGCUAAGUAUUUCAGACCCUUCUCACCUGACCGAUGGCUGCUGCCUCGAAUGGAAACUGACCGUAUCCUCUGGCUUAGGCUCAGUAUGGAGGGCAGUGAUCUGAAAUUUGCUGACACCACACCUCGUCCCUGUCAAGACAUGAGAUUUGCGCCGUCAUAUGUUGACCCUAACUCGCUCUCCUUCAUAAACCCCUUGAAUCAGCCACAUGGCUGCUAUACUCCGAAUUCGGGUGGCUUGGGGGCAGUGUUCCACAACCAAGCGGGAGAUCUUCAUACGCCUUCUAUGGGGCUGAGCAUGAUCACCCCUCUUUCUCUACCGCAGCAGAUUGCGAGCGCCACCAUCAACGCCGACGCUACAGCUAUGAGUCUUGACCCAUUCAAUCAGCCGUAUAUGGCGCCGCAUUUUCAGAGCACGCAACCGUUUACCCAGCAAGCGCCAUUUGCGCCCACAUUUGUUCACCGUGAUUCAGGUUACGAUGCCAUAGAUGAAUCUGUGGACGAUUUGUCACUAAAUGACGUGGAUAUGCAAACGUCGUCACACAUGAUUCCGUCAAUGAUACACCGUGAACCAAUUGGUGUCCAAGCCACGGGCGAGAAGUUCCGUUACCACGUCACAUUGCGGGCGCCGACAGCAAUGGUCAGAGACCGGAAUGAGGUCCCAGUAUCCUAUCUCAACAAGGGCCAGGCUUAUUCCGUUUCCGUUCUUGACUCUGGCCCACCACCCCGGAUGAGCGGUCAGCCUGUAAAAUACCGCACUUCCAUUCGCGUCUCGUUCCAGGAUAAGGAACAAAGAUCGAAACCGGCCGCUUGUUGGCAGCUAUGGAAAGAAGGCAGAGGGCUGAACGAGGCGCAUCAGCGUGGUGGCAAGCUUCAGGCUGUUGAAUAUGUUGAUCCCAUCCAGGGAGGCAUUGAGGACCAAAAAAAUCGCCAAGUUCAGGUUGAGAGCUCUUCGUUCGACGGAUUUUGCGUCACCUGGACGGCAAACCCGACGACCGGAGCGCCAGAGUGUGCUAUCUCUGUUCGCUUCAAUUUCCUUUCGACUGAUUUUAGCCACUCUAAAGGCGUGAAGGGUAUUCCAGUCCGGCUCUGUGCCAAAACAGAAAUGGUUUCUCCAGAUAUCGCAGACUCGGAACAAGGUAAAGAAGCGGAAGUCUGUUAUUGCAAAGUCAAGCUUUUCCGGGACCAUGGGGCUGAGCGGAAACUGUCUAAUGAUGUCGCCCAUGUCAAGAAGUCCAUCGAGAAACUCAGGCAGCAGAUUGCCCAGGCUGAAAUGGGCGCCGGCAACUACGGAAAGCGAAAGCGAAGCAGUGGCUCGAUCGCGCUUAAAGGUGCUGACGCUCGCCCUACGAAGAUCACAAAACACAAACGGACAUGGUCGAUGGGUUCACAGGAAGGUGACAGACUCUCUAUGGAAGAUGAUCUUCAUAUAAAACUUGCACUGAUGCAAGAAAUGUUUACGUCUACCCGGCCAGUGAGCAUCCUUGGACUGCAAGGUGAUGAACACGACGAUCCUGACUUAUAUCCCGUCCAACUUCCCGAGACUCGUGAGUAUAUAAAGAAGGAGGGUAAGUGUGGUCCUCGGUUUAGCAUUGACGGAUCGACUGGGCUCUCCACUUUGUCUCCAACCAACAGUAGCAUUUCGUUAAGCCCGACCUGCCAUACCCCCACCGUCCAAACACAAGCAGGCCUGUAUUAUGAUUCAGGCUACCAGUGCUCAGUAAACACCUCUGCAGACAAUUCGCGGCCCGGUUCUGAAGUUUGCGGAGACAAAAUUAUUCUGAAGCAUCCGAUCAAGAUACAAAGAGUCGCCAAUGGAGAUGGCGAUGGGCCUAUUGGGUUUAUUGAGGCAGUGGAUAUCGAUCCAACUUACAGACCACCAGCUGAACGCCAGCCAAAGCCCAUUGCAUGCUUUUACAUUCGAUUUCCGCGUAAUGAUCAGCCAAAAAAUGAUUAUUACCAAGCUGUGUACCUGACCGAACGGACAGUACAGGACUUGAUGGAGAAAAUCUCUAUGAAGCAACAUAUAGAUCCACAGCGUAUAGUACGCGUGCUUCGAGUCAAUAAACGUGGACUGAAGAUCAUGGUCGAUGACGAUGUGGUUCGCGAGCUGCCCGAUGGCCAAGAUAUGGUGGUCGAAAUUUCCGAAGCCGCAGUUUUUGACAAUGCAGUGGUCGCGGAUUCCAACAGCAUGGGUUCUGGGGUCGAGGUCAAGCUCAGCUACUAACGACUUUUGUCAACUCAGAUAUGACUUCCUAGAGGCCCUUGAUUACAAGUGGUCACUUUCCCGUCUAAUUUCUCUCUCUCUUAAUUUCGCAUUGGCUAUGAUAAUUACUAAAGCAAAAGCGGUCCUUCUGGGUCGUACUGUUUUUCUUUAUCGGCGCCUGGUGCGCACAAAAUCAACUUGAAUUUCCUAUCAUGUGAUGUCUUUUGUACCUUCAAUUUCUUUCUUUCUUUCUCUUUUUCUUAACUUGGAGUUUCGGGUUGUGUUUCAUGUUGGGGCGUUGGAUACGGGGAUAAUACACGAAUCUCCGAGCAAUGAUACCCUGUCGUUAUAUGAUUUCAUUCGAUUUUCUUUCUUUUUUUUUUCGCGAUUCUCAAUUUUUCUUGUGCCAUAUUUACGAUAUCCUAAAUCUCAUCAGCACACGAAUUCUUUCUUUCUUUCUCAAUUUUCCUCUCUCCCUCUCUCCUCACUAUUGUUUUUUGCCCUUCUUGGGGCUGGCGGGAAUACACGACCACAAGCAUUGCUGUUCAUUCCAUGACUGCUAUUCCGAGGCGAACUGGAUCAAGGGCCAAGCAUACGAUAUAGAUACCCUGUUCCGUUUAUAUGAUGCUUGGGCAUUAUUGUUUUUUU